AUGCCUGAUCAGAUAUUUCCUCCAUCAUAUCUACUACAAACUAAUUUCGGCCUCAAUUUGGCGUCCUUAUUCUCAAAGGAGGCAGUCUUAGAAGACACUAAUCAGCUUAGUAGUAAUGAUAAGGCGUUGAUACGGCUUCUGGCCGAAGGAGUUUUGGGAGAUGAUCCAGAAUUAUUGAUCAAAGGAAACACAGAGUAUUCGAAAAGCAUUUUAUCUAUUGUUAAUAAGCGCUUUUCAGACCUCGAGCGCGGCAAGGAACAAGUGUCGCUGAUUAAAGAUGAUUAUCUCGAAGAUCCCAAUAGUCAUAUCGAUAACACCGGGUCGCCUCACCUGUAUAAUGUGGAUGACGAUUUAUUAUUAAUGGAAAAUGGGACAUUUAGUGGUUCGCAGAGCAAAGAACUCCAGGACACGGCGAUUUCAUCAAUAUUGAUCGAAGAUAAUGGGGGGUCAUUACCAAGUUAUCCGUUGCCCAAUAGAUGGUUGCCGGCAAAUCAGAGAAUGAAGAAGAAAUUGGUGGACACUGAAAGUACUCCAGAACAAUUGAAGAAGAAGGAAGAAUUUUUGAGGAUUUCAGAAGAUGGGUUGGUGAUUAAUGCUGUCUCAAAUAAUACUUUUGAGCUGGUAUAUAACAGCACCGCUGCUCAGAUCGUUUUCCUCUUGAAAGGAAAUAAUUGCAUUCCUAGUGAAUGUGGUUUAUUCUAUUUCGAAGUGAAAAUUAAGACAAAUAUAAAGAGUUACAAUUUAUCUUUAGGAUUUGCCAAGUCUGGCCAUGUUUAUGCGAAGAAGACGUCACCUAGUGAGGUUAAUAGCAAAAUUGCCAUCAGUGACUUUCCAGGCCGUGCAGAUAUGACAUUUGGGUUUAAUGGGCAACUGGCAACUGUGGGAUAUGGUAACAGAAAUGUAAAAAGCUACGGAUAUAGCUUUGGCUAUAACGAUAUCAUUGGAUGUGGGAUUGAUUUUUAUAAUAAACAGAUAUUUUACACAAAGAAUGGUGAAUAUUUGGGUCCAGCAUUUACCAAAUUGGCAAACUGUCAGUUUUUGACCCCUGUCAUUGGAUUCAAUAGCCAUAACCACAAUAAAGAAACAGACAAUAACAUGGUUCAUUCAUUGACAAACAAUGUGUUUCAAAUUAGGAAUUCGAACAAUGAUAGAAGUUUUUCAAGCACGAAUUUUCAAUCUUUCACAGAGAGUCUAGACCAAUAUAAUAACAACUAUGUUUUGCAUGAGAUCAUUACAAAUUUUGGCCUCUCUAAAGAUGGCCGCCAGGAAGGAGAAAACUUCUACUUUGAUAUAAAUGGAUAUAUCAACAAGAUAAAGUCUGAGAUUUAUACAAAGGUUUAUAGGUCAAAUUUGGAGCUUUGCAAUAAUUAUGAAUCAAGCGUGAAUUUAGAAAAGCUUGUUAAACAAGAGCGGAUGAAUAAGCAAUUUAGUAUACCAUCUUUAUUAAACGACAAUGCCCCGGAGAUUGAUGUGGCAUUAAAGGAUCUUGAUAAGCAGCAAUUACUUUCCACUGGAAUUGAUAGGCAAAGGUUGGUCUUGAAAGAUUUUGAAUGCAAAUCGGCGAUAAAUAGCUUAAUUAAAAACUAUUUUGAUCACUUGGGUUACGUUGAUGCCAAAAAAUCCUUUUUGAAAGAGUUGGAGAGUGAAAAGCCAAUAUCAGGAUCCGAAGACGUUGUGAUGCUAGAGGCAGCGCCAGAGGAUGAUGCUGAAGAAGUUCAAUCGUCCAGAAAACGAACGAUGCGUGAACUUAUUUUGGGUGAUGAUAUUGACGGGGCGCUUAAGUUUUUGCAACAAUAUUAUAAUGAGUUUUUCAACAUCAACGAAUCAGAUUAUGGUAGUAAUUACGCUACAGAUGUUGCUAAUAAAAAAGGUGGAGAUAAAUUGGCAGAGUCUUUAGUUUUUGAGUUACAGUGCAUAAAAUUAAUCAAGUUAAUAAGAAAGUGUAUCGAUGAUGGUGUUGUCAGCAGUAAUUAUGAGGAUGAGGCGAUUUGUUUUACAAAGUAUCUAAUGAAGCAGCAUAAACAUUCUAGUGCUAAGGUCAGAGUGCUCAAUGGGCUUUUCCAGUUAUUAAUCACGGAAAAUUGUGGCAGGGAAGAGAGGGAUGGACAGGACGAUGAAGAUGUGUAUGAGGAGGAGUAUAUUAGUAUCAGUGACUCUCCAAGGGCGAAAACAAAGUCUUUUGACCAUUUGCUAAGGGACAAGAAUUUCGAAAGCUUGAAGUUAAAAAUAACCGAUAGAUUGAAUUCAUUCAUAUUAAAAAAACUGGGAAAAUCUGCAAUUUCUGAUUUAGAAAAAGUGGUGAACUUGACAAAUUUCUACUUGCGUAAAAUGAACCGGGAGAAUCUUGCUGACGAGGUCGUUUUCAUUAAUAUCAACAAUGAUGUAUUAAAUUAG